UAACAAAGAUAAUAAAGCCAAACCCCUCUCGAUGAAGUGACGAGUGAGUUUACUACCAAAAAAACAGACCAACAACAACAAAUACGGCAAAACCCAGAACCUGAAACUUGCAAAACUCAAAUUUCUCUACUUCGACUCGUUUUCCCAACUCGGCCGAGUCCAAACCGAGUCAUGGCGAAUCACCCUUCCGACGCCCCCGCCGCCGACGACUUCCUCGAGCAAAUCCUCGGCCUCCCAAACUUCGCUUCCGCCGACGGAACCGACGCUUCUUCCUUGCACGCUCCGAUGAUGCUGCAGCUCAACUCCGGCGACCUCGCCGCCGGCGGAGCCGGCUUUCACUCGCCGGUUUAUCAGCUGGGACUGAGCUUGGACCAAGGGAAAGGAGGAGGGUUCUUGAAGCCUGAUGAUGCUUCCGGGAGUGGUAAUCGUUUCCGUGAAGAUGUUGUUGUUGGUGCCAGACAUAAGAAUGCUUUUCAUGGGCAACCUAUGCCCACUACUGUUCCUUCUGCUCCACAUCCACCACCUAUGCGUCCUAGAGUGCGGGCUAGAAGAGGACAGGCUACAGAUCCACACAGCAUAGCUGAAAGGCUGCGCCGCGAAAGAAUAGCCGAAAGAAUCAGAGCUCUGCAAGAACUGGUUCCUAGUGUUAACAAGACAGAUAGAGCUGUCAUGCUGGAUGAAAUUGUGGAUUAUGUCAAGUUCUUAAGGCUUCAAGUGAAGGUUCUGAGCAUGAGUAGAUUAGGUGGAGCUGGUGCAGUGGCGCCACUGGUAACUGACAUCCCAUUAUCAUCAGUUGAGGAAGAAGGUGGCGAGGGUGGAAGGAACCAACCAGCCUGGGAGAAGUGGUCAAAUGACGGCACAGAAAAACAGGUAGCUAAGCUCAUGGAAGAAAAUAUUGGGGCUGCCAUGCAGUUUCUCCAAUCAAAGGCACUCUGCAUCAUGCCGAUCUCACUAGCAUCAGCAAUAUACCAGUCACAACCAUCAGAAAACUCUAGUAUAGUUAAGCCUGAAACUUCUCCUCCUUCAUAGACAAACCUCAGGCACCGGUUCACCUUUCAGUGAUCCCAUCGAGCCAUCGAGGGGUCACCUUAUAGUUUUGGGACCCACGCGUUAUUCGUCUGUUCCAAUUCCAAACCUCCUUUAGUCAUUGGCUCUCAUCAAGUUGCAUUCAAAGUAGGAUGCCAUUGUCCUUUCCUUUUUGCCGUUCUUUCUGCUUUGUCAAUAUAGGGUUCGAUGUCAAUAGCUUAAAAAAUGCAAGCUGACCCCAUCUUGUCUUGGAAAAUUUCAUGUAAAGGGAAAUAACUUGUCAAAGUUCACUUUGAAAUGCUCUUCCUUUUGUAUCAAUGGCGGGGAUUAGUGGAUGGUGAUCAAAGUGCUUUUGUGGUGGGGCUUAGUUUUUGUAGUGGGCAGUGGGACCUUGUUAAAGGUUAGGUUGGUGUCUAUAUUUUUAUUAGUGUUGCAACUCCUGAGAAUUUGAAAUGCAUAGGUGAAAUGGAUAAUGGUUGCUUUAAUAAUGCUGGGUGUUGCAAGUCCAGCUGAAAUUGAUGGUGCUUUUUGUUUGUUUUCAAAA